AUGGCCAGCCCACAAGACCACUCCACGAGCGAGCUGCUGCACUUUGAGCCGGUGCACUCCACGACUGAGCUGCUGCACUUUGAGCCGGUCCACCCGUCCUCGGCCGACCUGCCGUACGCCGACCUGGCGACGAUCGAUGUCUCGUCAUUCUACGACGGCGAGGCCGCCCAGCGCUUACUGGCGGAACAGGUGCGCAAGGCGAUGCACGGCGACGGCUUCUUCACCCUCGUCGGGAUGGGCAUAAGUGAAGCCGAGAUUUCGCGGCAGGUCGAUAUCGCCUAUACCGUCCUUGAACGCACGCCACUGGAGGAGAAGAAGAAACUACGCGCACGCAUGCAAGAGGACGGGUGUUACAAGGGCUUCAAACCACGACAGUACUACGAGUUCGGGGAUGGGGUCAAGGACCAAAUCGAGCAGUUCAACUGGUCGAGGGAUAUGAAGCAGGAAUUUCCCACUGCAAUGUUGCCGUUCCUUGAUCAAGUCAAGGAGUUUACAGACCGGGUACACAACCACGUACUGUUCAAUCUCCUACGUUUGUUCGCCCUAGCUCUCGAGUUACCGAUCGACACAUUUACCGAGAAACACAAGUUUGAGAAACACGACGAGUCGUGGUUCCGAUAUAUGGCAUACUAUGAUGCGCAUAGCCGUGAAGAUGAGGCGAAAACCAAAGGCGUAUGGCUCAAGGGUCACCAAGACUUUGGGACGUGUACGUUUGUCUUCUCGCAGCCCAUGGCGUCGUUACAGGUCCGCUCUGAUGACGGGGUAUGGCGGUUUGUUCGGCAUACUCCAGGGGGCAUUGUGGUGAAUUGCGGGGUCAUGAUGGAGUGGUAUACGGGCGGAUACUUCAAGGCUGCCAACCACCGAGUUGCUGCGCCUCCCAAUGACCAGCGGGGACACACGCGGUGUGGCGUGUUGUAUUUUUCCGUGCCGAAUGACGACCAACGACCCAACACCCUUAUGGAGAGUCGUGUGCUACAGCAGGCGGGCGUACUGAAAACGUUCGAGGAUGGCAAGGGACUGUCGAGCAAGGUCUAUUCCCAAGCUCGGAUUGCUAGGGUUGGCAAGAGCGAGACGUAUAAGCGACAGUGGGGGGAUGGGGAGGUGGUGGUGGAGAUGAUUGCCGGUGUCGAGGUGCCGUGGUAUGGAUAG